AUGUACACUCUUCAAUCAGGCCCUUCCUUGGAUCUGUGCUCUCCGGAUCCUUCCAUCACUUCAUCAGCAUUGCUGCCGUCACUAUCCAGAGUGGUAUCCGCAUCGGUACCAUUAUCAACCGCACCGAAAGGGAUUCGUUCAUGGCCAAAGGAUAGAUGGGAAAGCAUCUACAAUUUCCUCAAAGAUAAACUACAUGUCCAGCGACUGAGCCUCAGAAAAGGUGAUCGAUUGAAUGUCGAGCUGAGCGAUGAGGCCGAUACAUCCGACAAUAUCAACCGCUUAGAUAUCACCAUUGCUUCGGUGGACUCAACGAAAGGUCAAUCCUCGAUUGGAAUGGAGACACGCGCAGGACCGACAAAAUUGCACAGAUUGGCGUCGAAAAAGACCCCUCGCACGUAUACGCCAACAGCAGCUUAUGUGAAAACCGCGAGCUCAACCGUGGAUCCCACACCAACACCAUCGCAUAAGUCCCUUCUCCCGCAUUGGAGCUACAGGAAGAGCUCCAUAGCUGCCGCGGUCUCGAUCGUAUCUAUUACUGCUGUGGCGUUAAUAGCCCUGACUAUCCUUCUCAUCAGAAGGCUCCGACAAUCCUGGAAGCGAUACAAGAAAAGGAAACGCGAUUACGCAAAUUCGAAAUACUCUGCAAUAUCUCCUCUCGACGACAACAUUGGUACCUAUUCAUUUGACACGCCGCGGACCAGACUCGGCCGCGAAUCGUCGAAAUUUGGCUUGAGCCGUUCAACUACUAUGCCAUACGUCGCUGAAGAGGCAACGAGUUUGGGAGCCGUGACACGAGCAAUUUGUGCGAACACGAAUGCCAUGCCAGUUUCGCCUCUUGACUCAGUUGCCGCUGUGAAGCAGUCAGAAGUCAGGCUCCCACAUGUGUCUGUGCCAGAGCGCCCAAAGGAAUCCGAAUUGCUCACGGAGCCGUGGCGGGCUGGCUUUGUUCCGAAGCAAGUGGUCAUUGUGGCUCCUCCUUUGAGUCGAAUGGUGUCAGCAUCAACAGCAGAGAUUGGGCGGCAAUCAUCGUUGAGAACUAUCGAUGAAUUGAGCUUGCCUGAGUCGGAAACAGGCCCUCAAAGCCCACACAAAAAAGCUCGACCCAAGGACGGCAACCAAACUCCGUCUACAGACGAACUUUUCCGUCUUCCAUCAAUCCAGAGAGUCACGUCACCUAUUUUCGAAUUCUGA